CCAGGUUACACGGCGCAUAAACAACGCCUGAUUACUCGUGCCCACAUUACAGACAGAGACACGCCCACUCGGCCAUGGACGAGCAGAUAGCAGACUGGCUGGCAAGGGCCCGGCUGCUUGCGACGACCAUGAGCGUCGACAUAAAGACAAGCACGUCCCGCCGCCUGGAUGUCUCGUGUCUUGGCCCCUCCUGACCUUGGCCAGGCACUCCCUCAUCCUCAGCUCGCCAUCCUUCCAACCCGUCAAUCUCACGCAGACCCCCCUCGUCAAGAUGAAGGCCUCUGUCCUGCUCAGUCUCGCGGCCCUCUCGUCCACUGGCCUCGCCUGCCUGCUGCCCGAGGAGCGUGAUGGCACCAUGAUGCACCGCGUCGUCCGCCGCCAGGGCCAGUCGGGCACCCCCAUCGGCACCGGCGACCGCUUCAGCGGCGGCUCCGUCGUCCCCCGCGGCCUCGGCUCCCAGACCGGCGUCACUUUCAGCACCAUCCUGAACCCCACCGAGAUUGUCAGCGGUCUCAAGGCCCUCUCCAACACGUACGGCAUCACCACCUUCACCACCCCCUACAAGACCUACAACGGCGCCACCAUCUACGGUGCCCAGGUCGGCGGCACCGGCUCAGGCACGGGCGCCUACAAGGUCUUCUUCAACGGCAACAUCCACGCUCGCGAGCGCGGCUCGGCGGACAAUGUCCUGUACUUCAUCGCCGACCUGCUCUACGCCAACAAGAACAACGUCGGCCUCACCUACGGCUCCAAGACGUACACGGCUGCCCAGGUCAAGACGGCCCUCGCCGCCGGCAUCGUCUUCAUCCCCCUGUCCAACCCGGACGGUGUCGCCUACGACCAGUCCACCGGCAGCUGCUGGCGCAAGAACCGCCGCCCCAACAGCGGCGGCUCGUACGGUGUCGACCUCAACCGCAACUUUGACUUUGUCUGGGACUUCACCAAGAAGUUCGCGUCGAGCGUGGCCGGCAGUACCGCCUCGACCAGCCCAAGCUCCGAGACCUACCACGGCACCGCCGCCUUCUCCGAGCCCGAGACCAAGAGCAUCAAGUGGGUCUUUGACACAUACGCCAAGGUCCGCUGGUUCAUCGACCUCCACUCGUACACCGGUGACGUCCUGUACAGCUGGGGCUCCGACGACAACCAGUCCAAGUACCCUUACAUGAACUUCCUCAACUCCACCUACGACAGCGUCCGUGGCAUCCUGACCGACACCCCCGGCUCUGGCAAGGGCUACGGCGAGUACGUCCCGGCCGCCGAGGGCACCGCCAACGCGGCCGCUGCGCAGCGCCUCGCCAGUGGCCUCACGGCCGGCGGCGGCAAGACCUACGGCUACUACCAGGCCUCUGACCUGUACCCGACCUCGGGCGCCAGCGACGACUACGCCUACUCGCGCCACUUUGCUGACCCCAGCAAGAACCUUGUCCACGCGUACACGGUCGAGUUUGGCUUCGGCAGCAGCGGCUCCUGCCCCUUCUACCCGUCAGUGGCCAACUACAACGAGAACAUCCGCGCCACCAACGCCGGGUUCUUUGAGUUCCUCCUUGCCGCCACGGAGCUCGGCCUUGAGUAAGCAUGGUUGUUACAUGCUGAAGGUGGAAGGAUUAUGUGAAGUGGUGUCUGUUGUGGGAGCAAGCGUGGAGUAUGGAGUAUGUGGUUGUUGAUGUGGUUGUCCAACAUUGAAAAACGAGCAGUGUUACAUCUUCCUGUACAUAGUCUUUGGCGGAUGAAUCUGUAGAUAUGAGCUGAUGGGUCAUGAAUAUACUUGUACCGACC